CGCGGGGUGACUUGCGUGUCCGUGCAGUUCAAUUUGGUUGACAGUCACGGCGACUGUGACUACGCCGCGUUUACCUUGUAAAUCAAUUUAAUAAAUAUUACAACAUACAAAAAUAUAAUAAACAUAUACAACAUAGAGACAUAAGCAAAUUAGUUCCAAACAACAACAACAACAGGAAGAAAUUUUAACGCCUAAGCACAACUCGAGAGCAGACACACACACACACACACCUGCAAAUAAACAUACUCACAGAUACACACAAACAGAGACACACACACACACACAUGGAGAGGACAGCAAUUGGAGGCUCGGCGGUGCAGGUGAUCAAUGCAUCCGAGGAGCACACAUUUGUACUCAACGAGGAUGCACUGAGCGAGGUGCUGAUGCGGGACGAGGUAAAGGAUCGCUAUGUCUGUGUCGUCUCCGUGGCGGGUGCUUUCCGCAAGGGGAAGAGUUUUCUCCUCGACUUCUUUCUACGCUACAUGUACUCAAAGUAUGUGCGACACGAUGUCACGGAUUGGCUGGGCGAUGAGACGGAACCGUUGUCGGGCUUCUCGUGGCGCGGAGGAUCGGAGCGUGAUACCACCGGCAUAUUAAUGUGGUCCGAUAUAUUCCUGCACGAUUAUCCGAAUGGGGACAAGAUCGCCAUCAUACUGCUGGACACACAAGGUGCCUUCGAUAGCCAGAGCACUGUGCGCGAUUGUGCGACGGUUUUUGCCCUGAGCACAAUGCUGUCCUCGGUGCAAAUCUAUAAUCUCUCACAGAACAUACAGGAGGACGAUUUGCAGCAUCUGCAACUGUUCACUGAAUACGGCCGCCUGGCGCUGGCCGAUACCGGCAAAAAGCCAUUCCAGCGUCUGCAGUUCCUAGUGCGCGACUGGAGUUUUCCCUACGAGGCGGAAUACGGAGCAUUCGGUGGCGAUAAGAUACUCAAGCGUCGCCUCGAGGUGUCCGACAAACAGCAUCCGGAAUUGCAGUCACUGCGCCGACACAUCUCGUCGUGUUUCACGGAGGUGGCAUGCUUUUUGAUGCCACAUCCCGGUCUCAAUGUUGCCACAAAUCCAUCUUUCGAUGGACAGCUCCGGGAUAUAACGCCGGAGUUUAAGAACAGUCUACGCACACUGGUGCCCAUGUUGCUGGCACCGGACAAUCUGGUCUACAAGGAGAUCAGUGGACAGCGCGUGCGAGCGCGUGAUCUCAUCCAGUACUUCCAGUCGUACAUGAGCAUCUACAAGGGCAACGAGUUGCCCGAGCCGAAGAGCAUGCUGGUGGCCACUGCCGAGGCGAAUCAUCUGACUGCCGUUGCGGCCGCCAAGGAGCUGUACAAUCAGCUCAUGGAGGAGGUUUGCGGCGGCACACGGCCGUACUUAAGCACCGCCCACCUGGAGACGGAACAUAUGCGUGUGAAGGACAAGGCACUCUUUCAGUUUGCCGCAAAGCGUAAAAUGGGCGGCGAAGAGUUUACGGAGAAGUUCCGUCAGCAAUUGGACACGGAUCUGGAGGAGGUCUUUGUCAACUAUCGGGCACAUAACGAAAGCAAAAACAUCUUCAAGGCGGCACGCACUCCGGCCGUCUAUUUUGCCUGUGCCGUCAUCAUGUAUAUAGUAAGCGGCAUCUUCGGACUGGUGGGACUCUAUACAUUUGCCAACUUCUGUAACCUGGUCAUGGGCGUGGCACUGCUUACGCUGGCACUCUGGGCGUACAUCAGAUAUAGCGGCGAGCUGAGUGACUUUGGUGGCAAACUGGAUGAGUUUGCCACGCUAAUGUGGGAGAAUUUCAUGAGACCCAUCUAUCAGGGUUGCAUGGAGAAGGGCAUUCAGCAUGUGGCCACGCAUGCGACGGAGGCGGCUCUUGGCGGUGGCGGCAGUGCAUCCCGCUCAUCCUCCGCUGCUGCGGUCAAUGGCAAAGUGAAGCGCUCAUGAGAAUACGCCCAAUUAGCACAAAAUAAAGCGCAGCCGUCGCCCGCUACAACACAACAGAAACAACAGCAACAACAAACGACUAACAACAACAACAAUAAUAAUAACAACAACAAUGUUUCUUGCAAAUCGAACAAGAAUACCAAUUACAACCAUAGCAGUGUCACCAACAAUAGAGGCGCAGGAUUUCUAAGCAACAUUUGGGGCAAGUUGAGCGGAGGCAUGCCCCAAACGACGGCGGCGACGGCGACGAAGACGGCCAACUCAGCCUCCAACUCCAACUCAUCAUUGGCCGUCACAAACAGUCGCAAAAACAGGCGCAAAUCGAAGCGCAAUUAAUUAAGUCUAAAUGCAUCGUUUGGUCACAUUUGUUUACUUCUUAAUUGUCGUCGAUUGAUUUGUAUAAAUUGUAAGCCCUAAAUGGAUAGAAACAAAAUAACUAGCUAUUAAUUGCCCUAAAAGGAAUAUUGUUUUUUAUAUAACAUACAUUAAUUUAACAGCUCAGCGCAGCGCUAAAUAAUAUAUUAAUAUACAUAAUAAUAACAUACAUACAAUACAUAUUUAGUAAGUGGCUCGUAUUUGUUGAAAAUCAAAUUUUAAAUUGUUUUUUAUAUGCAUAUAUAUUUACUAUAUGUAAUUAGAAGGAAAAAGAAAACUUGAAACUACAAACUUUCAUGCUGUAAUAUAAUGAAAUUGCUUACGAAUUUAAACUCGUUUAAUUUCCACAAUAUUUUAUCUUGUCUCUUAUAUUCUUAUUAUGUGAAAAAUUCUUGCCUCUUUUGCUUAUUGAUAUGUAUAAAUAAAAUACACACUGUUGUUGGCUCGUUAAACGUA